AUGGUCGUGCUGGGGCCGGAGCCGGCGAUGGCGGAGGCUGCUAAUGGGUCGGCCAUCGCAGGGAUCAGCACGCUCUUGACUUCGAAUGUUGGGAAAUCGACAAAUAUCCUGUGGCAUGACUGCCCCAUUGGACAGAACGAGAGACAGAAUUUGCUGAAUCAGAAGGGUUGUGUCGUGUGGAUCACUGGUCUAAGCGGUUCAGGAAAAAGCACGCUCGCAUGUGCGUUGAGCCGUGAGUUGCACAUUAGAGGCCAUCUGACAUACGUCCUCGACGGCGAUAAUCUCCGGCAUGGGUUGAACCGGGACCUCAGCUUCAAAGCAGAGGAUCGUGCUGAAAACAUAUGCAGAGUAGGGGAAGUAGCAAAGCUAUUCGCAGAUGCUGGCCUGAUCUGCAUUGCUAGCUUGAUAUCACCUUACAGAAGUGAUCGAAGCGCUUGUCGCAGUUUACUGCCAAAGUCUUCGUUUAUAGAGGUGUUCCUAAAUGCGCCGCUUGAAGUAUGCGAAGCAAGGGAUCCCAAAGGCCUGUACAAGCUUGCACGUGCUGGAAAAAUCAAAGGUUUUACUGGCAUUGAUGAUCCUUAUGAACCACCAUCUGAUUGUGAGAUAGUGAUCCAGUGUAAAGUUGGGGACUGCCCUUCACCUAAAUCAAUGGCUGAUCAAGUUGUGUCAUAUCUUGAAACGAAUGGUUUCCUCCAUGACUAG